ACCUGAUCACAUCCAUCCGUCCAAAUUAUCAAAGAAAGAAGCGAAAUGAAUACAGACACGCAGAAAGAAGAGAACCCGGCGAUAACGAAGGAAACUAGCCUAGAAGAGACGCUAUCUCAAAACACGCCAGCGGAACAACCGGAAGAAGAAAAUGAAUUUGAAGAAAGCAAUACCAAGAAGAAAGGAUUUCAUUUAUUUACGCCUGAUGAGGACAAACUGCUGGCCGAGUACUGGCGGCGUUGCCCCGACAACCUGACCACCGAGGGAAAGCCGCAUUUCUUCAGGUGUCAAGAUCUCAGCCUGCCAGAGAUCUACGAACGAGUCGUGCAAGUUCGAACAAGGACGAUGAAGAAGAGGUUUGACUUCUUCCAACGUCAUACCUUACACUUCUCGGCGAUCUAUAACAAGCUCAAACAAUCCUCACCCAAUCUAGCUGGCGGGGAAAAUCCUUCAGAUGGCGCGUUGGUGGAGAUUGCUAAAGAGAAGUAUUGUCGACAAACUGGCAGACAGUUUGGGUUCGAGCCGGCUUGGUAUGUGUUACGUGACCAUCCCAAGUGGAUGAUGCAGGGGAUGGACUCGACACUACCAGUCUCAUCAGCAGAAGAACCAUCGCCAGCAGAUCAUCUUUCAAGUACCCUGGCGCAAACCCCUCGUCCCGCCGAAAGCAUCUUGGCUGCCACUUCGGAGGAUUCGUUCCAAGCCGAAAAACCGGCCCCUUCAGUAUCACCAACCAUCACUAGUUCUUGUACUCCGGGGCCCACUGCACAAUCACACCUAUCUGGCCUUAAAUGCUUCUUGAAUCGACGUGUUCCUAAUCCAUCCGUUCCAGAUUCUUUGCAAGCCAAAAACCUGGCCCCUUUGCCAACCAUCACUUCUUGUACCCCGGGACCCACUUCAAAUCAAUCCGCCGGCUCAGUUAUUCCUAAUCCAUCCGGACCACCUUAUUACACAGAAAGUCUAGGGACCACCUCAAGUCUUUCCAAUCCAAUUAACCAACAAACAGACAUCAACCCUUCGCACACACGAGAGAGUUCUGUAGAAAUUAACUCUACCCCUCUUUCCAAAAAGCCUCGAAUUCGUCGCUCCAGCCCCCCUCAAACAACAUCGGUUGUUUCCGAACCCCUGCCAAGAUCAGACCCUCAAUCUCGUCCCUCCCGUCCACUUAUAGAGUGGCAAUGCGUUCCGGGUUGUCCUCCUGCAAUUCCAACGGAUGGCUUCGGGGAGAAUUACUCAAAAGACGCUUCCAGUCAAACCCUACCAGUAUUUCCAACACCAUCUCCCGCGCCAUUAUCUGAACCAUCUUGCACCGCGGACCAGUCGCACACGAUCUCCACUGUCUCCAAAGAAGCAGAUCAAUCUACCAAUAUCAAAACUUCUGGCCAGAAGCGCACGUUUGACGGCCUAGAGAAAGAUGCAAGCUCGUCGAAUGCAGUACAAUUAGAACUAAACACUAAUGUUACCACAUGUCCGGACAAAGAUAAUAACACACUUGGAUCGAUAGUCUUGAACAAUGCCUCAUUGGAUGGCCACUAUGAUCUCUUGCGUUUGCAACUAGAGGUUCGACGCUUGGAAGCAGAAAAUGAAUCGGAUCGGAUGCAGGUUACGAUCAUGGAGAAGGACGUCUCGGCUUGUACUGACGAAUUCGAGAAAGAAUUCUUCCUGGUCAAGAAACAGAAAAUCCUUGCUAAUUUGAAAGCAGAGUAAUCCAUGUUGGAUCCCUGUCUAUGAGUCACUUUCUUGUAAAAGAUUGAAACUAAUCUCUCGCUUGUAUCCAUCCACGUCCAUCUUACAAGCAAAAUUGAUUACCUUGCUCAAAUUUCCAACUGAGCAUGCACAAACG